CGCGCAUACACGUCCAAACGAGCUGCUCGCCACCGUCGCCCGGGACGUCGCCGCCGCCGAGCAGUGGGUGCAGCACAACGUCUCGCACUACGUCUCCGACUACGGCGUCGACAUCCGGUUCGUGGCCGUGGGCAACGAGCCGUUCCUCAAGUCGUACAAGGGCCAGUUCGAGGCGGCCACGCUCCCGGCGGUGCGCAACGUGCAGGCGGCGCUCGUCAAGGCCGGCCUGGCCCGCCAGGUGCGCGUCACCGUCCCGCUCAACGCCGACGUCUACGAGUCGCUCGACGGCCGCCCCUCCUCCGGCGACUUCCGCCCGGACAUCACCACCCUCAUGACCAGCCUCGUCCGCUUCCUCCUCGACAGCGGCGGCGUGCUCGCCAUCAACAUCUACCCCUUCCUCUCCAUGGACGCCGACGCCAACUUCCCGCGCGACUACGCCUUCUUCCCGGCCCCCGGGGCGCCCCCCUCGCAGGCCAGCGUCCAGGACGGCAGCGUGCUCUACACCAACGUCUUCGACGCCAACUACGACACCCUCGUCGCCGCGCUCGACAAGCACAGCCUCGGAAACAUCACCGUCGUCGUCGGCGAGAUCGGCUGGCCCACCGACGGCGACGCCAACGCCAACGCCGCCGGCGCGCAGAAGUUCAACCAGGGCCUCUUCGACCGCAUCGUCGCCGGCAAGGGCACCCCGCGCCGGCCCCAGAUGCCCGACGUCUACGUCUUCGCGCUGCUGGACGAGGACGCCAAGAGCGUCGACCCCGGCAACUUCGAGCGCCACUGGGGCGUCUUCAACUACGACGGCUCACCCAAGUACGCGCUCCGCCUCGCCGGCGGCAAGGGCAUCGUGCCGGCCAAGGGCGUCAGGUACCUGUCCAAGCAGUGGUGCGUGCUCCGCCCCGACGCCAGCCCCACCGACCCGGCCAUCGUGGGCGCCGUGGGGUACGCGUGCCAGUAUGCCGACUGCACCAGCCUCAGCCCCGGCUCCUCCUGCGGCGGCCUCGACGUCAGGGGCAACGUCUCCUACGCCUUCAACCAGUUCUUCCAGUCAGCCAGCCAGCAGAAGGGAUCCUGCGGCUUCAACAACCUCUCCGUGGUCACCACCACCGACCCGUCGCGGGGCACCUGCCGCUUCAAGAUCAUGAUCGACACCGGCCGGCACGACCUCACCCACCAGGACGACUCCGGCGCCGCCAGGGCCGCCGCCGCGUGGGGCGCCGUCGUCGCCAUGCUCGCAUUGCUCGCCAUCGUGGCACUCUGACCAUCCCUCCCUCUGACAUCGCCAUUGAUGAGGACACGCGCGCGUGCUCACCACCUGACCUCAGGGGCUUGCUAGCCUAGCCUUGAGAGGAAGAAAGGACCAAACAAUUCUUUCAUUAGUUGUUUCUUUUCUUUUCUUUUCUUUUCUUUUCUUUAUACGUACAUCGGCUGUCAAGGUCCCUGAUCAUAUCGGCAAGGAUUAUAUUAGAACUGUACAUUUGUA